CGAGAGUGGUGAAUCCCAAAUAAUGUAUCUCGAGUUAGUUGAUUAAUUUACAUACAAUUCGUUUUAAAAUAUUUACUAAGCAGAAACAGAAAAGGUGACGAUUCUAGGGUUGGCACUUGGUUUAAGUGUAUUUGCCUAACUGGAUUAAAUUACACGUAGUUUAUGUUAAUUGUGGUCGAGUCCUUUUUUUUUUGGGGGGGGGGGGGGGACAGGUGGGAUGCUGCGUUCCAAGCUGCUAACCCUGGUUCUGGUGCUCCAGCCCAACAAGGUGCUACUGGGCAUGAAGAAGCGAGGAUUUGGAGCUGGGAGGUGGAACGGUUUUGGGGGCAAGGUCCAACUUGGAGAAACUGUUGAGGAAGGAGCAAGAAGGGAACUCCUUGAAGAAAGUGGGCUCACAGUGGACACGCUGGAAAAGGUCGGGAACAUCCAGUUUGAGUUUGUCGGUGACUCGCAGCUGCUCGACGUCCAUAUUUUCCGGUCAGACUCGUACAAUGGAGAGCCGAUGGAAACAGAAGAAAUGAGACCGCAGUGGUUUGACAUUGACAAAAUCCCCUUUGACCAAAUGUGGCCUGACGACGUGAUGUGGUUCCCGCUGCUCCUGCAGAAGAGGAAAUUUGUGGGCUACUUUCACUUCCAGGGCCACGACGUCAUCCUGAGCCACACGCUGAAAGAGGUGGAGGAGUUGUAAGAAGGUGACGGGAAACUGCGUAGGAGGUGUCACAUUCCUCAGUGCCUGCUGGUCAGAGAAAAGACUCUGAAAUACUGAUGUGGAAAUUAUACUGUGCAAAAAUGUGCUAUUACUUAGGGAUUUAAUUUGAAUACUGCUAAAAUGACAUAAUGGUAUACUGUAUAACCAAAACAAUUAGCGAUGGGCCUAAAAAUCAAUCUAGUCAUCGGUCAACUGUAUGUAAUUUACAUUUAUCGUGAAUACUUGUAUUUCCCCUUCAUGAUAAUUAUUUGUCAAUCUAUUUUGGGGGAACUUAUCUUUGCCAUUUGCUGAAACAUCACCUGUUUGGUUGUUUUGCAUAUAGGCCAAAGCAUCUCGCGUAUAAAAAUCUUGCUUUGGCGCCAUCUGGUGGCACCAUGGGGGCAAGCAUCUGUUGAACUGAGGAAAGGCGUCUCAUUUAUUCAGAUCAUAGCUUUGUCUAAUCGUGAAAAAAUGGUUUGAUCACAUCAUGUGGCGUCUAAAGAGAGUGGAAAAAUAUUUUAGUGCGGGUGUCACAAGUGUAUUUUCUUACACUCAGUGCAACACUGACAUGGCUAAAUAUUUUCAUAACACUCAAUGCACAUGCACAAAUGUUCCAAAUUCGUCAUGACUAAAAGCAGUCCCAAGACAACAGCAUGAAAAUGUGCUCCCUAACGGUUGCUAGUGGCAUCAAAGCAAUCAGAUUGGACGGCUAGUAAGUGCUUUGAGCUCCCUGUGUCGCAAUGUUGUCUCCAUGACAACAAAGGUUCAUUACUAGUCGGUUUAAUUAUGUAAUUAUUAAGAUGUUGACAAAAAACACAAAAUUACUUCCAUUUAUAUAUCAGUCAACUUUAAUUUUCUAUACAGUUCUUGCAAAUAAAUGCUUGUGCGCUCUUGGUAAGCCGCUAAUCAAUUAUUUUUUUUCAUUUUUUUUUUAAAUGUGAAAUUUUAACAAUAACAGUGUUCCAAAACGUCUUUGAAACUGGAGUUGCUUGGAUUGUCUGAUUGCUACAAUACAUAUUGCACAGCUGGA